GGGAGGAAGUCACAAAAUGGCAGACUUUGACUCAAGCUACUUCCUAAGUUUCUGUUUCUAUUUUGCUAUCUCUGGUUUCGAUUGAAAAAUCUGGCGGGGAACGCCACUAUUUAAAUAUCACAAGUUGAAGAUGAGAGUAUUCUCUGAUGGCUGCGGACUGUAAAGAAAAUGGGGUUGGACGAAGCUAUGGAACGAGACGACAGAGCAAAAGAAGGUCUUAUGGAGCUUGUUCUUCCUGGUUCCACAGCAUUCGAUGAUGGAAUUCUCCCGCCUCUGCACAACUCUUACCUGUAUGAUGACUCUAGGAAGUUGUUUAUGUAUAGUUCUGCACGCCUCAUAAAGAAUGUGGCACUUCAGACACGAUAUGCAGCCUUUCGAGCAGAGAAGAAAGAAUGUGGUUACACAGAGAAAGAACUGGAAGAGACCUUUGGGUUCCUGUUGUUUGACGAUGAAAAAAAGGCCACUGAACUUGGAGAUAGUGGACUUCUUACGGGACACAGCACGUGUUCAACACUUGGGGAUCCCUCAAAGGGUGUGUAUGUAUCUAAAUACUCAGACUGCUUGGACUUCAAGCCAUGGUACAGUGGGAAAUCAGGUCACAUAGCCAUCAUCAAGCUCACCAAGGGCCGAGUGAAAGAGGUAACGGAGAACUACACCCUAAAAUUCACGCCUCCGACCCAGGGGUUUGACUGCCACGAGUCGGAGCAGAUAAAAACAGUCACAGCUGCCACCAGUUCAUUCUUGGCUUUGGAAAGGACACAGUAUUACAUGUACGAGAUUUUGAGUAGAAGCGAAGUAGCAGAAAAGUGCCCACGGCAUGUGUACCCAUUUGCGAUUGUGGAAUUCUCUUAUGGCCAAGCAGAGACCGCCAGCCCAGAGAUAACAGAGGAAAGUGAUGAGAGAACUGUGUCGUUUGACUACAAACCUUGGACAGGCCAGCUGUCGAUUGAGUCCUUUGUGUUCGACAUUGGACUGAAGUCCCACAGUGGAGCUUUGAUACCAGCAAAACUCCCAGAGAUGCUGAGUGUGAAGAGUGUGAUCAGCAUUCCAGACCUGAAGGCACUGUUACCAAAGGAAGUGUUUGAAACCUGUUUUUCUGGAGACAUUUUUGUGGGAGGAAAAUGCUGCAGUCUUUACGAGGUGAUCCCUACGGAUGAGGAUGAGUCCUCCCUUACUCUCCUCAUCGACGAGUUGAAAGAGAAAGAAUUGGCCCUUGUUUUUCUGUUGAGUGAUUCUGGAGUCUUUGUUAUAUUACAUUCAACAUACUUCUUAUCUUAUGAAGAUGCGAGUUCCGAGGAAAUUGAGGCUUUGUAUGGUCUGUUCAUAUUCCCGGAUUCACACACAAUACAGAAAGAUACCAAGAGUAUGCAGAAAAAAUCAGCGCUGUCAUCAAGGGUUAGCCGAGUCCUUCCGGCCUUAAACUACGCAGAGACCGAAGUUGAAAAGUCUGCUCCAGAUCAGCACAGGGAAAUCCGGGCACUGUUCGAGCAGCAUCUGAAGAACUACGGGACUCUAAUCCAGCCAGGGAUGCAGAACAGCCCUCAGAGAGAAGCCAGCAUGUUCCCAGACCAGUACGAUGUCCCCUGCGUUUUCAAGCAGCUCUUCCCACUGCCCAAGUGGACGGACGUCGCCAGGCUGAAGGUGACGAUGUACUUCGAGGAUCCCAGUUCGUUCGAGAUCCCUGUGAAAAGGGCCUCGGAGCUGAUGCACCAGCAGCAGAACAGGGAUGACCCGGAUGAUGAGGUGUACUACUACAUCUCAUCCCCGGAACCGGAAGAUGUGUCCGACACUCCGGUCACCACCAGCACAGACACCCAUCUAGAACCGGAGGACAACGUACCCACAGGCGUACUUUCUGAUGUUGCUGCAGAUGAUUCAACUGAAGAAAGCGCCUGUCUGUCUAAUAAGCCGAGGUGUACUGUUCUUUUGGAAGAUGUUGUGAAGACAAACACAAUAGUAUCUUCCCAAGAACAAGAGACAGUCAGUCCCCAGUCCACAGUGCCUAACAGGGUUGAGUCCUCUGAUAGACUAUCACCAGAGAAUCACUAUGGCGACUAUCCAGAGGACUCUCCUAUGUCUGAGCUUGCUACAGGAGAGGACAAUAGUAUUUCUGACUCAGAAGCUCCUGGUACUCCACUUAAGGGGAAGAAACCCCCCCAAGGUGAUGACACAGACAGCUGUGUAGGGUCUGUUGAGUCUGCCACAGAUAAGUUGCCAGAGAAUAACGGUCAACCAUGUUCAUUACCCGCAUCAGAAUGUAUGCAGUCUGCUGAUUUGGCUAAGGACUUGCCCAAUGCAGAGGAAGAUGCCAGCAGUUCACUCUGUAAGAAGUUAGAGAAACCUCUAGAAGAAGGGACCGAUGACUCUGCAGCAGUGACCUGUCAGAGCGACACUGCAAAGCCUCACUCUGAGUCUGAUCAGACGACAGAUAUCUGUGAACAAAGUCUAGCAGAAACUAACAGCAAGUCACUCUUAGAAGGACAGAAAGUCCUAGAGGUAGUAGACAAUGUCUCCGUUAUAUCUGGUAAGCCUUCCUCCACUCCGAAAGGGCUAAUGAAGGACAAUGAGUCUGGAAUUCGCACAGGAAAAGCCCUGAGUGUUGUAGAGGCAAAAAUCACCAGUGCAACUGACACUGUCGGCAGCCUUGAUGCGCCUGCAGAGAUGCCAAUAAAAGAUUGUGGUAAAGACAACCCACCGUCUGACCAAAAUCCCAGUGAUGACCUGUCUAAAUCAAAUCAAGAGGAAGAUUCAAGAAGUCCAUUUGUUUUAUUAACAGAGAAACCUUCAGAGGCUGAUGACGACGGCCUUACUGCUACUUUACCUGUUGUCGUUGACUCGUCCACAGUAGUGUCAGUGGAGUGUCACAAGUCAGAGUUGUCUUUGGACUCUGCGGAUGUGGUUUCUGAGAGUAAGGAGCAAGAAAAGCCAGACUCUAAUUGUAUUAAGCACGAUGCAUCUAAGAACCUAUGUUCAUCUAAAACAGAAGACAGCCCUGUCACUUCAGUCAUUGCAGAGUCCAAGGAACCUCUGGAAACAGAUGUCAAUGGCCCCACUGACACCCUAGUUGGGGGUCCUUCCUCUGCAAAAAUAGCAGCUGAUGUAAGUGAGAAGGAGAACUCUUCAGAGAAAAUGUCACCAGUGGCUGUUUCUAAAUCAAGUACAGACAAAGUACCCUCAACUCAACUUGAUCUAUGUGCAGAUAAGCCUCUAGAAUUGCAGGCUACCAGUGUGCCUUCUAAUCCAACUGAGGCAGGUGACUCUACUGCAGAGGUAUCAACAGAAAACAAUUAUUUGCAGGAUUCAUCGACAGUCUCAGACGGGCCUUCUGUUUCCCCCAGUACAGAAGUAGUGAAAACUAGACUAGCAUCAGAAGUUGGCAGCCUUUGUACUGACCACCUUCUUGCAGGGGGCAAUUCCCCUGCAGAGACAUUAAGGGAAAAGGAUGGUUCUGAGGAGGCAGUCUCUGAAUUGAGUCUAUCUAAUACUGAGGUAAGCAAAGAUGGAGUAAAACCAGCACUGUCUUUGACAGUUAAGUCUGACCAGUCAGCAGGUGAUCGCAACUCAGAAGUGAUGUCUUCAGAGAUACUUCAGUCUGCUGAACAAGAAGGUUUACUGAAGCCUGAACCUGCUCUGGUCGCCUUCCCUGGAGAGUGUACAUCAUCCAUCACUCCAGUUGUUGUCUCAACAGACCAUGACCAAGGGGUGGACGGGGAUUUGAAUGGUACAAAAUUGCCACCCAGUUCAGGUGCUGCAGAGGGGAUGACUGACAACAGAGCACCCAAUGUCAGUCCAAAACCUUCGGUUCAGAAUGAAACUGGUAAUGACAAACUUCCUGAAACAGAUAAAGCUCCAGUCAAACCAGACUGGAGGACUCUGCCUCGUCGUCGCGGCAGAAGACCUAAGCAGCUGCGAAGAAUCCUGCCAAAGAUAGCCUCAAAACAACAAACAUCACCUAGUAUCAGUCCAACCACCCUUGUUCCAACAGAAACUGACAAAAUUGAGCAUAAGGGAGAGGUACAGGAACUACCCUCUUUAGAAAAUGACCGUUCAAGUUUGUUAAAGCAGAAAAAUGAUGUUUUGCCUCAUGUGGAAGAGGUUGUUUCAUUGAUUAAAAAGGUGGUGCCCUUUGAAAGUUGGGAGCAUAAUUAUUCUCAGUGUGUAAAGGGCACCGCAAACCAGAUGUCUGAAACCUCCACGGAGAUAUCUCCCUCUGGCAAAGGAAAGGAGGGAAAGACCCCUCGCAAACGCAAUAGGAAGGAACAUCGGAAGCUGGCUUCACAAGACUGUAUAUCAAAGCAGGGUGGGGACGAACCCUCUGUGGAGAUUAUUAUUGAGUCCAAACAAGUCCACCGCCUUAAAAGAAAAUUAGACCUAGACAAUUUGAACCAUGACCUAAAGACUGUCAUCACAGAUUGUGGGAAUGUGUUUGUACCCCACGGUUCAGAAAUGCUCCCUCAGGAUGUGGAGUUAGUAAGGAAGAGGCAUAAAUCGGCAGACUGUGGAAAGGGAUUGAACAGAACAAGGUCCGAACCAGGAUCAGUGUCCCAUACAGGGUCACCGGACUCUCCAAGACAUCCACUUACUGGUAAGGGUAAACCUAAAGAGUGCCUUACACUAAAGGACACAAAAGAUUCCCUUUUACAGACGUUAGAUGGAGGGGUAGGUCUCAAACAAAACCGACGGUUAAGUGACCAUCUCCAUUGUUCAGUGAAUGUAUCGGCCUUUCAGGUUGCUCAAACAGAUAACAAUGCUGCUGUACAAAAAGGGGAGUUGGAGAUAAUUCCCACUUUCGUGUUAGAGUUGGAUAGUAACAACCAGACUUCAGUAACUGUUACAGAACAAGAAAAUCUGAUUGAGGAAACUGAUGGAAAUAUUGCCCUUUUGAGUUCUGCAACCAUGGAGUCAUCCGUCAAUAUUGGUGCAGAUGGCCUUCAGGAAACAAAAUCAGACCGGACCACUGAGUCCGAUUGCAAAGGACCUCACAAACCCAAGAGGAAGAAAAGUGCGACGUACACAGUAAUUCCCAUCAGUGAGCUAAAAACAGUGUUCAGGGCAGGGAAAAGGAGUAGCUUAUCAGAUCCAGAGUGUCCAAAAGGACUUGAUCUCAGUUGCUCUAAACCUGACUCCAAGAGACUUAAAAGUUGUGGCGAAGUUAAGAACAAGAUGGAUGUCAACGUCUCUGAUGAGGGCAGUGAGGAAUCUAACCCUGCCUCAAUAGCAGGUUGUGACCUGGGCAAAGAAUCAUUGUCUAAUGAUGUAGUGCCUUCAUCUGAAAUGGCAUCAACAAGUACAAAGAAAUAUAACAAGCUGUUGAAGAAAUGGCAGAAAAUUAAUGCCAAAGACAUCUUCAGAGACCAAGGUGCACCCUCGAACCCUUCCGCCCCCUCGGAUCUCCUCAACAUCGCAUGUCCAGAGGAACUGCAAGGAUCGGAGGACGGCAUACUGGUACAGAUCCAGCUCGAGUCCGUCAACGAGUCCUUGGGCCAGAGGAAGACUGUCAGAGGAGGAAGGCUAGAGGAGGCUGCAGGGCCGUCCUCCUGCAAGAAGCCUUGCAUGCCCGGUUUCCGAAGGCAGAGGGAAAUUGUUCAAAAGGGCGAAUCGAUUGAAAUUUCAAGGCAGUGGAAGGAGACGUAUGACUUCAGUCUGGACAGCAAGUUCAGAAAAAACUCUCGUGAUGAGACGGUGUUGAGAGCACUACAUGGCCCUUGGGAUUUCAACGUCACCGACUCGGACGAAGAGAUUCACCUCAUCUUCCACAUGUGGAUCGGCCUGUUCUACAGCAAGUCCGCUCCUCGUUUCUUUCACCUGGACUCAGACUUCUCUCUACCUGAGGAGGAUGUCGGAGGAGAAAAAUCACCCCGGGACGGCCAUUUACAACUCGAGCUUUCAAAAGUCAGCGCCACGAGUACCCCCAGAGGAACCUCCAGCAUGUUCGCAAAGGCCUUGCCACCGUGCAUGCCGCCAUUUGAAGAUGAGUGCUCGAAGGCGUCUGCUUCAGAGCCACAGCCUUGGCCUGAGAGCCCUUCAUGUGAGGUGUUGGACCUUUCUCUGAAAAGCUGCAAGGCUAUGGACCUGACCAGUACCCCAAAGACCCCAGGAGUGGAAUCCGCCAGUGAUGCGGGUGCUGGACAGUCAGGCGAGUACUGCGAAGGUCCCCUGGAUUUGCGGAUUGAGCCUGUCUGCGCAAGGACACAACCUCAGUUGAAAGUUGCUGAAGAGACCUGCGACUCUGUAAGAACUAUGGAUGAUAGCAAAAACACUACGACUGAUGUAAUCUGUACAAACAUGGACACUUCCUGUCAGAGUGACCUUUCUGAAAAGGCAAAUGUGGACUUUUUUGAUCGUCUUCGUGAGGAUCAGAACCCUGUUGUCACACAGGACGGAGAGAUUAAGUACAGAUUCUUUAUCCUGGCGACAUCUGAAGAUCCCUUUUUCAGAGAAACAAAGGAGCGCCUGGAGUCGGAUGGCCACGUGGCUGUGGAGCCGCACCAGUUUGAACUGGACACACGCGGCCCCUCCUCACCUCUGCUCAUCAUCGUGAGGAAUGAAGACAUCGCUGAGCAUAUCUGUGAGAUUCCUCACCUUCUGGAGUUGAAAAAGUCUUCUGGUGUCGUGUUCGCUGGCAUCGAUCGACCUGAUGACAUCCAGAAUCUCACCCACGAGGAGCUCUUUUCCAAGGGUGGAUUUCUGAUGUUUGACGCAACAUCCCUAAAGAAACUGACCUUAGAGAGCAUGAAGAGCACCGCGGCCUUCCUGGAGGAGCUGAGCAGAAAGGGGAAGUGGAAAUGGUGUCUGCACUACAGAGACAGCCGAGGCCUCAGAGAGGACGCACGCACCAACGAGGACGCUCGUGGCAAGAAGCAUUUCCUGGAUUCCUGCCAGGAGGCGGGGCUUGUGGAGGUGCUACCCUACCAUGACUGUGAUGUCAUGUCCCAGGAGCGUCCAAACUACUUGCACUGCUUGGUGCGUCUCCAAGUUCAGAACGCAACCAGGAGGUUUCCCGUUUUUAUCACAGACACAGCUGAUGAAGCAUACAGGAAGAGUGGGAUUUUUACAUUGACGGACACUUUCGCAAUAUAAAUCUCCUUAAUGAUGAAUGAUUGUUUUUUUUUUAUUUCUUUUAUACGUAUUAAAAAUGUGUAAAAGUGUUUGCCAGUGCAUUUGUAAUAUUCAGACAUACUGGCUUAAAUCGGCCAACACACGUUGAGGGCAUCCUCUCUCAUAUUUUAUUAAUUUAUUUUUUAAACUACAAAGGUAAGUUAGAGACGUGACAACCUGGCAAAAUAUGUGAACUUGUACUUUCAAUAGAAAUGAAAAUCAUUAAAAAAAAACCUGCUUUGUAUGA